GUUGCAAAAAAACAAAGGAAAAUGAAAUUAACUCGAAGCUGGUUUGUUGAAAAGAUAGAUAGUAUGGAGGGUGAACUAUCUACCGUGAAUGAAAGGAUGAGUAACACUAUGACUGGAGUAACUGAGGCCAUUGGUCUUUCUCUUACAAUAGAUGGCAAAGUGUCAAAAAUUGAGGAAAAUGUCAGCCAAUUGGCAUUGUCGCAAGUGAAAUUGGGCAAUCAGCAGGAUGAGCUUAAAGAACGACAGGGUCAAAUCGAUGCGAAAAUAGAUGAGACAAAGGAAAAUGUUAGCAAUUUGGAAUUGUCGCAUACGGAGUUGGGCAAUCAGCACGAUGAGCUUAAAGAACGACAGCGUCAAAUGAAUGCGAAAAUAGAUGAGACAAAGGAAAAUGUUAGCAAUUUGGAAUUGUCGCAUACGGAGUUGGGCAAUCAGCACGAUGAGCUUAAAGAACGACAGCGUCAAAUGAAUGCGAAAAUAGAUGAGACAAAGAAGAGAGUCGAUGGGUUAAUAAACCAAAGUAAAGAUGAUUCGCAUCCCUCCAAAGUCAGAUCAAAAAAAAGAUCAAAAGACAGAAGGGCUCCUAGGUCUGAUAAGAAUGCCUCGAGUGACGAAAGUGAGUCUAUGUUUGACCAACCAGGCGCGAAGCGAAUGCGAUAUUCUUGUGCAGAUGAUGUGCAUAAUUUAAAAGAGCAAAUGGCGGUCAUGGUGCAAAAAAAUGCAGAACUAGAAAUGGAUUGGCAGAGAAAGUUUAGUCAGGAUGAGGAAAUAAAGCGUCAAUUAUCUGAAUUGAGCAACAAAACAUCGCAUGAAAAUUCUUGUAUUAUAUCAACUUUACAAGAUUUAAAGAGUGAACUAACCGACUUGAAGCAGUCAAGCAACACAACAACAUCGCGUGAGAAUUGGCUGAUGAUAUCAAAAAUAGAUAAUUUAACGGAUAAGGUUGAUCAUCUGGAGGAAUAUGUGGAGAGAGAAAUAGGCAAUCGCAAUCUAAAGAAAGACAGAUGCAUUGGAGAUCGGGAGAAGAAGAAAUGAUAUAUAUAUAGCUAGAAAUUUUGUUCCCUCUGCCGGUGCGGAGCGCCGUCUGAGGGUACUAAUUCCGCCCAAAGAUUAGGAAUAACACCCGGGAACAUACCGUGUUUACUCGAACAAGCGCCGCCCUCGUAUAAGCGCUCGUAUAAGCGCCCUCGUAUAAGCUGCAUGCAUGUAUUUCUAUUAUAACAUAACUUUGUUAAGGCAUUCUCAACACAUACCUAAAUUGCAUGAUAUGUUUAUAUUAUUAUUCACAUUCUAAUAACAUGUUUAAACCGAUUGUAAUAAACGUUUCGAACGUCGAAGUCGUCCCUGCUGUAAAACUUUUAGGUUUAACGAUAUCAAACGACCUAAAAUGGAACACCCAUAUCGCGGAGAUUUGCAAGAAAGUGGCAUCGCGUUUAUAUUUCCUUAGACAGCUUAAACGUGCUAAACUACCAACCAAAGAUCUCAUUCUAUUCUAUACCACCUGCAUUCGCCCUAUAACAGAGUAUGCGUGUGAAGUUUUCCACGGCUCCUUACCCCAAUGUUUAUCCGAUGACCUAGAAAAUCUACAAAAGCGUGCCCUACGUAUUAUACACCCCGAACUGCCCUACAGCCAAGCUCUACAAACGGUGAACUUGGGAACACUGUCCAGUAGACGACAAAGUUUAAACGAUAGUCAUUUCAGGAAAUCAUCGAUGAUAAUUCACACAAACUGCAUAAACUUUUGCCUCCUAGAAAUAAUAGCACCGUAUGCUUACGCAACAAACGCAUGUUCCAGCUCCCAAAAUGUAAGACAAACAGAUUGAAAAACAGUUUUAUCCCAUACAAUUCUUAUAGACACUCGUAUUAAGAAUGUAUACAUAAUUUUUA